AUGUUCCAGAUGGGGUUCUAUCGUCGUUUUUUCGAUAUAAAUACCGACGAGUUCUUUGAGAAAGUUCGUCUUGCCCUCAAUCCAUUCAAUAAUGCAUCAGCCGUGGCAGGGGUAGACGAGGACUCUGAAUUAUAUGGCUUCAUCUGGAUUACUGCAACUCUUAUCUUUCUCAUGUUUGUUUCGUCCACUAGCUCUAACCUCGUGUCACAUUGGCUCUACUCCGAUAAAGAUGACGGGAAAUACGAAUACGAUUUCCUGCUUCUCACCAUGUCGAUCAUAAUGUUCUACGGUUACACAGCUUUGGUUCCAUUUCUUUUCUUUGCGGCUACCACCUGGUUUAUGAAGUUCGAAGAACGCUUUUCCUUAACUCGCGUGAUCUCCAUCUACAGCUACGCAAAUGUUCUCUGGUUUCCGGUAACAGUGGCUAAUUUUAUAUUGGUGGUUUUCGUAAGCAGCUCGAAACACCAUAAACUAUUGAGUGCCCUCCAGUGGAUUCUAGUGGCCGCCAGUGGCGCUAUUUCUGGUCUUUCCAUAGUCGUGAAGUUGAGGCCACUUAUUCUCAAAAAUACCAGGGGACUUUCAGGCGAUGGAACUGCGGAGGAUCAAAAAAGGCUUCGCUUAUUGAUAAGUGUGCUUAUUGCGGCGCACGUUGCAUUUACUGUACUCGUUAAGGUGUUGUUCUUCUAG